GGAGGCAGGUGAGGCUUCUUCUUAUGUAAGGCUAAAUUUAACCAACACAAUCUAGGGCCCACUACGGCCCAAAACUAAACUCACCCCCACACGCACUCUCACGCUCAGCUGCAAACGCCAUCAGUAUCACUUCUCGUGUCUUGUCUCCACCCAAGCGGAAAACCGGACGACCCGAAAUUCGAAUCGGAUCGAAUCAAACCAAACCCCAACCUCAACCCGAACCAAACAUGUACCGAGACGUCUCCAGCUGCAACACCUACAACUACGGUGACGCGCUCUACUGGGACGCGCGCUACGUGCAGGAGACCGGUUCCUUCGACUGGUACCAGCGUUACUCUGCUCUCCGUCCUUUUGUUCGCAAGUACAUCCCUACCUCUUCGCGUAUUCUCAUGGUCGGCUGUGGCAAUGCCCUUAUGUCUGAGGACAUGGUCAAGGAUGGGUAUGAAGACAUAAUGAAUAUUGAUAUUUCUGCAGUGGCCAUUGAGAUGAUGAAGAGAAAAUAUGAGUAUAUCCCUCAGCUAAAAUACAUGCAAUUGGUGAAAUAUAUCAUUUGA